AUCUAAGUUCUAGCCAGUAGCCCGAUAAUCCGAACCGUUUACAACCCCGUAACUCAGAGCAGGGGAGAAGGGUUCGUCUUCUCUACUGACGAACUACGAAGACGAGGAUUGGAAUAUCUCCGGCGCGUGCUUCACCGGGGACGUUCGGACAAGCUGCCUGUAAAAGCUCCGGAGACUUUAUUCCUCCAACGGCCUUUCGGCGAUAAGGUAAGAAAUUCAAAAUGCUGGGGGUGAUCCAGAAAUUCUUUCUGGUGUCUGCAAUCAUGUGGAUUGCACCUCUUGUUAUCUUGUAUGGGUUUAACCAUCAGAUAUUCCCUGGUAUAAGCGAAUUAUCUGCCUCCUCACAAACGCUGCUAAGUGGAUUUCUUGCCGUCAUAUCUGUGAAUUUUAUGAUUGGGAUAUAUAUUUUCAUGGCAAUGAGGGAACCACUGCAUGGCGAGCACAAGCCUGAUGCGUCCUUUCUUGCACAGGCGAAGGCCAGCAUUAACCAGUCGUCGCCAGAAAUUCAUUCCCACCUUCAAGACUCUAAGAAGGAAGAUUGAGAGGAAUUGAUGCUCGGCAGCGUUUGUAAAUGCCUAAAGUACAAAUGUUACCGUAUAGGCAACACCGUGCAAAUUCAUGUGCUUGUUGCAACGAAUGCCACUCCUGUUGUAAUCCACUUCCCUCGCUAGGGCCAAUGAAGCUCUUCCAAAUUCAAACUGACCAUCAACAAUGUUCUUCUUGCUUGAUUUAAAAUUGCUAGCAAAUUUUCUUUA